AUGCUUGUGGCUAAAGUCCUCGGUUCAUUCAAGUCUAGUGAAAUUGAAGCUGUUGUCAAGAGGCUUUCAAAUGACGAAGGUGACAUUCUCAUGAAGUAUGUGUACAAGGCUAUGGAAAUAACUCCGGAGAACGCCCUCUGCCAAACGCUACUGACAUGGCACUCUUUGCUGGUUGCUCGUUUUGGUCUUGGAUCCAUCAUACGUGUAUUUUCCGACAGAAGUCGUCUCUAA